GUUUGUUGUGGUCGUGACUGAAAACCUUUUGAAACAUGUAGCUGAAAACUGCAGUAUUAACGUGACUCUCUCAGUUCUGGCGAAAUUAAAUUAUCUGUCCAACAAACCGAAGCGUUACCCGCCGAAGCUUCCUCACAGUGCGAGAGGCUGUUUCUGUGUGACGCUGGGGACUUUUCAGAUAGAGAAGCUUGUAACGUUAGCUAGCUGCCUUGUGCUUUGAGUUUUGGGUUCGUGUUCAGAGAAGCGUCUGUAAAAACUGGCUUUACUGUGUUUGACCGGCUGACGUCAUGCUCCGGUGGAUUCUCGGUGGUCGGGAAGCUCAGAGCUCAGCGGAGAAAAGCCCUGUGCUGUGCAUUGGAGAGGAACAGCCCAAAAACUGCUUCACUGAGCUGCAGGUGCUGAAAGGACAUUUUGACAUUGUUCGAUUUCUGGUGCAGAUUGAUGACUUCAGAUGUGCCUCAGCAGGGGAUGAUGGCCUUGUUUUGGUGUGGAAUGUUGAGACUGGGGAGAGGCUGCAGGAGCUGAGGGGCCAUUCUCAGCAGAUAACAGCCAUAACCACCAUCACCUGCAAAAAUGAAGUCACACUGAACACCUCGCUUAUCACUGCCUCUUCAGACCGAAGCCUCAGUCUGUGGGACCCUGAUACAGGCAACAGGGUCCAGACCAUUUCAGAUCUUCAUUCUUCUGUAAAGUGUUUGCUGGUGCUCGAGCGACUGUGUGUGUGGCUCUCUGGUGGGGAAGAACUAUGCGUGUGGAACAGAGACUUUCAGCUGCAGUGUCAGCGACCCAACCACAGUGAUACUGGAAUCACUGCUUUGAUUGAACUGCCGAAGAACUACAUAGCAGCUGCCAUGGAUAAAAAAAUAAUGAUCUACAGCUUGACAGUUUCUGCUGAUUCCUCUGUGUCAGUAGCUGAGCUCCGCUGCCUGGCCGACCACCAGGAUCAGAUCCGAGCUCUUAUCAACGUCAAUGACGGGCUCUUCGCCAGCGGGUCCCAUAUGGGCGAGUUGAUCUUAUGGAAUGCGACUGAGUGGAACCUCCUGGCCUAUGAACACAUUCUCUGGGAGGAGUCCCAAGCCUACAAUCAGACUGAAAUACGAAUGGGGGCUCCUAAACCCAGCGAGAUGUCCAUUCAGCACCUGACCACCAAUGGAAAUCUCAUCCUUGCAGCUGUGGGCAGCGGUCUCUACGUCUACAGUGUUCAGACCAGAAGCGUGGUGGCCUACAGGAAGGUUGCCCACGACUCUAAUGUGUUACACACCAUGCUGCUGUCUGACAGUGAGCUGAUGUCCUGCUCUGAAGAUGGCAGUGUGAGGAUGUGGGAGAUCCAAGACUUGCCUUUGCCGGCUGAACCAGCUUCUUCAGGGUUCUUUGGGAUGUGGAGUUUUGGCCGUUCAAACAAACAAUCUGGGCCUCCUUCAAAGAAGGUUAUAGACAUUCCCAACAUUAGGAUGCUGGAGUUGACGGGAGAUCUGAUUGGACACUCAGGAGCAGUCCAGAUGUUCGUAAGUUUCAAGGAGAAAGGUUUGGUUACAUGCUCGGCGGACCACCUGCUCAUUCUGUGGAAGAACGGAGAAAGACAGUCUCGUCUCCGCAGCCUGGCCCUUUUCCAGAAAUUGGAGGAGAGGGGAGGACUUUGACAUUUAUGUCACUUGCUUUAAAAAAAGUUGGGAGGUUGAUGCUUAAUGGUGUUCACAAAUGAUUUGAAUGUUAGUGUAAUGGUUGGUGUUUACAUUUAUUCACUUUGCCUUUGGACUGAAGAUGUGUAUUACCUUAAAUUCUAUAAACUGUCUGUAAAUACCUCAUCUUCCAAAUGUAACAGUACUUUUGUUUCCACACUGGAGUGUUUGAGCACUGUGAUGCUGACAUAAGUCAUUUUGUACCAAACACAGUCUGUUAUGGUUUUACAUUAGUACAGCCCAAUUCAAUUCCUGUCCAGGCUUUGCUGUAGAUCUACAUUUGUGCCUCUUCAUGUUGUGUAGGUCUGCUUCCAUGCGCCAAGAAGCACUGUUGUGAUCAUCUAGUAGUGCUAUGAGAGGAAGGUUCAGCAGCUUAUACAUGUAAUCAUUUGCACUGUUGUUGCUGUUUUUGUGUGUUUGUUUGGUUUUUUUUAAUAUCGUUUGACAAUAUGCUUCUUUGUGUUUUUGAGAGUUAUGAGAAUGACGGUGCUUUAGCAGUGGCAUCAUUCGCUAAUGCUUGUAUUUUUCAAAAAUAUUUUCCACACUAUACAUUAUCACUUUUUAAUUAUUGCCAUGAUUAUGCAGUGUGUCUGGAAAGUAUUUGGAGAACAGGUUCCACAUGUUUUUCCUGUUACAGCCUUAUUCCAGAAUGGAUUAAAUUAAUUUUUACUUCAAAAUUCCACACAUAAUACCCCAUAAUGAGUGAAAAGAGUUGAAAUUCUUGUGAAUCUAUGGAAACUAAAAAAUGAAAAUAUAAGAUUUACAUAAGUAUUCAUGGCCUUUGCCAUGAUACUUAAAACCGAGUUCAGGUGUAUCGUGUUUCCACAAUAUCUGUCAUCUGUCUGAUGUUUCUCUAACUUGAUUUGUAGUCCACCUGUGGUAAAUUCAGCUGAUUGGACAUAGCUGACAAUGCAUGUCACAGCACAAACCAAGCCAUGAAGUCCAAGGAAUUGUCUGUAGACCUCUGAAACUGGUAUCGAUGAACAGAUUUGGGGAAAAGAAACAUAUCUGCAGCAUUAAAGGUCACAGUGAGCUCAGUGGCCUCCAUCAACCAUGAAUGGAAGACAUUUGGAACCACCAGAACUCUUCCAAGAGUUGGCUGCCUGGCCAGUCUCAGCAAUAGUCAGGGAGUUGACCAACGACCCAAUGGUCACUGACAGAACUCCAGCGUUGCUCUUUGGAGAGAGGAAAACUUUCCAGAAGGACAAGUAUUUCUACUGCACUCUACCCAGGCCUGUAUGAUAGAUUGACCAGAUGGAAGUGACUGCUUAGUAAAAGGCACAUGAUAGUUCAGCUGGAGUUUGCCAAAAGGUACCUGAAGUGCUCUCAGAUGGGAGUCCUUCCUUUUUAUCAGAUGAGAAACAAAAUUCUCUGGUGUGAUGAAACACAGAUUGCACUCUUUGGCCUGAAUGCCAAGCAUCAUGUCUGGAGCAUCAUGUCUUUUAGUUGCCCAACCAGAGUCCAGACCGGAACCCAAACAUCUCUGGAGAGAUCUGAAAAUGUCUGUGCACCAACGCUCCCAACCAACAUGAUGGAGUUGCAGAGGUGCCGCAAAGAAGAAAAAAGAAUGACAGAAACUUCCCCCAAAAAGGUGUGCCAAGCCUGUAGGGUCACACUCAGAAAUACUUGUAAGUGUAAAUCUGUCAAAGGUGCUUCAACAAGUACUUAUCUGCAUAUUAUAACUUUUUAAUAAGUUUGCAAGACUUUUAAGCAAUUUUUUUUCAUUUGUCAUUAAGGGGUGUUGUGUGUUAAAUUAUGUGUGAAAAUUAAUUUUAUCCAUGUUGGAAUAUGGCUGUUUCAUGUGGAACAGAUUAAGAUGCUGUGAUUACUUUCCAGAUGGACUGUAAAUUCUAUAAAAAACAGAAUUGGCACAUUAUUGCACUGAUGGACAUCAGUUUUAUUGAUGAGAGGAAAAUUUGCAAGUGAUGAAGGAUUUUCUUAAAAUAUAACAAGCUGUUACUGUACAAUCUGCUUCUGGCUCAGUAGAUUCAAAGCAAAGCGUUCCGUCACUGGCUGUAAUCAAAUGUAACUGAGCUCAUCAUAUUCUGCUUGUUACUGCUCAUGGAAAAGGCUGUCUGACAUUUAAAUCUGAAAUAUUUAAAUUGUCUGUGUGAAUAGAAAUCUUCAUCGUAUACUAGCAAAAAUAUCUUCUCAUAGUCAGUGAUAGCAGCUAUGAAACAUUCAGAGGUGGAACUGCUUUUCAAGUCACCUUAAAAAACAGCAGGAGCACAUAACAUCCACAAUAAAAAUGUAUGAAAGCAAAAUAUGUAAAAAGCUACAGCAAAAAUAAUAUUGGCUUUAAAAAUCUCGUAGUUGUACAAAACAUAGGGAAAAGUCUUGGGAGCAUCAUCACCGACUCUGAACUCAGAACUGUAGCAUAAUAUUGUGUACCACCUCUAGAACACCGCUAGAUGGCAGUCAAAACAUAGAAAUGCCCCCCACUGGAAAAAAGAGGCCAAAUGUCUUCAGCGUGAAUUUUGGUUGCAGGAUUCAAGCCUAAGUAAAGCUGCUUAAUCAAAAACCCCGAACGAGAGAGAGAUGCUGGCUCUGCAGCUCCUUCACACCUUUGUCAGCCCAAUGUGGGCUUUAUUUAAUCAACAUGUCAACUAAAGGACUUGAUGCACUGCAUCCUGAUCACAACAACAUGUUUUGUACAACAUUAUAUUAUAUUAUGAAAAUACAUCCCAGCUGUAGUUUAUGUCAAUUGAUGUCUCACAGAUCGGAGAUGGUGGACAGUUUUAGUUAAUUUUGGAAUCUUUUCCAAUAAUGUUUAAAAAAACAUUAGUAAAUACCUUUAAACAAAACACGCAUCACUUAUUCAGUUAGAUUUCAGGAUGCUGGUAAGUGAAUCCUUUUAUUUUGUAAAGAUGUGUCGUUUAGAUUUUGUCCUCCAACUCUUUGGGAAGAAGGCAAACAUUUCAGCUUGAAAGGAUUCCUGUAAAACAUCUUUGUGCCAAUAACGUAACAACUUUAUAUUGAAAUAACUUUUUAAUUGUCUCUCACGAUACAACUUUGUGUUUGACAGAAAACAUCAAAAUAAGACCAGAGAGAGCAAAACACAUUAAACCUUUUCAACAAACAUGGCGGCUCUUACGUAAAGCUUUUGUAACUACUAUGCUUGAGGCAGUAACAUCUUUGAAAACAUUACAGUUCUCAUGGCCAAUAACCCUCGUAUUUUUCAAAAAAUAUUUUUCCGUACUCCAUACCUUAUCACUUUCUAAUUAUUGUCAUGGUUGUAAAUGAUACAAAAGAUAGAACUGCAGUCACGGCCAACAGUUUUAUUGAUGAGAGGGAAAUCGAAAUCUCUGUAAGUGAUGAAAGCUUCUCUUUAUAUAACAAGCUGUUAUACAAUCUGCUUUUGGCUCAGUAGAUUCAAAGCAAAGCGUUAUGUCACCGGCUGUAAUCGAAUGUAACUGAGCUCAUCAUAUUCUGCUUGUUACUGCUCAUGGAAAAGGCUGUCUGACAUUUAAAUCUGAAAUAUUUAAAUUGUCUGUGUGAAUAGAAAUCUUCAUCGUAUACUAGCAAAAAUAUCUUCUCAUAGUCAACGAUAGCAGCUAUGAAACAUUCAGAGGUGGAGCCGCUUUUCAAGUCACCCUAAAAAAACCCCAAACAAACAUAACUUUGGAAAUUAACAGCAACACAUAACGUCCACAAUAAAAAGGUAUGAAAGCAAAAUGUGUAAAAA